AUGAUCGACAUGCUGGAGAAGGCUUCCUCAGAUCUUACCGAGGCCAUUACCAGUGGAGCAUAUCACCAUUUAUGUCAUCAACAGAUAGGAGAGUUCUUGGCACCCCCCGCUUCUUGCCUUCUUGACCACAUCAGACUGAAGCAAGAGGAACCAUUGGCUUCGAAAUUAAAAGAAGACAUCUCAGAUCAGGAAAAGGAGAAGCAGUGGCAUGCAGUGGAACUAGGGUAUGUCGACUCAGGAGAGCUCUUUAAAGAGGCUAUGCUUAUGCCAUUGGUCGAGCGUGGGAAGGAGCUCGGUGUCAUGGUAAGGGUGGACGCAGCAGAAGUGCCUAUACUGGCUGAAGUGGACGAUGUCUAUGAGCAGUGGAUGGUGGAGGAGGCCGAAGUGUGUGCAAGGGCCGAGCAGGACGUCCAGAUGGGGGAUGAGAAUGCGCAGGAGACCAGAGGGCUGGGUGCAAGUGUCGCAGUGCCUGCAGCGACAGAGAAGAUGUCGCAUGUAGAGGUGGUGUCCCAUCUGGUGUGGAAGCAAUCGCAGCAGACUGUCGCAGAGAGCAAAGAUGAGGAUGAGCCCAAGAUCAUCGUUCCUCCUGGCUCGAUCCUCCACAAGGUCCCAUGCACAUGGUGCAUGGUGAAGAAGACAGCCUGCAUCAGACCCAUUGGGCAGACGUGCGACGGCUGUACGCGAAUGAAGCAGGGGUGUGAGAAGUUGAUGAAGGCCAUGGGAAAGAAGGCGCAGGCAGGCACAUCGGUCACACAGGCCUCGAAGACUGCAAAGGCAAGCUUGUCCAAGAGAGUUGUAGACGAUGAUGACGAUGAUGACGAAGUCAAGGUGGUCGAAAGCCACAUGCGUGCGAAGGGGAAAGCACCAGUGUGUAGCCAGCUCGAUGCCAAGGUCGCAGUCGCUGAGGCUGCUUCGUGCUGA